AUGACAAUUCACCACAUAGUCCUAUACAAGUUUAAGCCUGAGGUGACCCCAGAACAAAGGCAGAGCGUGAGGGACUGCAUCAGCGCCCUUCCAUCGCAGAUACCCGCAAUCCAAAGCCUUGUCACUGGUGAAACGGUGUUCAAUGCCUUCGGACACGGCUAUGACGAAGGGGCCAUUUUUCUAUUCGAGAAUCAAGUCAAGUUGAACGAGUAUCGCCCGCACAAGGCUCAUCUUGAUUAUCAGGGGUUCGCGAGUCCUUUGAUGGAAGGUCUACUCAUUUUUGAUAUCGAGUCGGCCGCCUAG